AUGAGUAACUCAGAUCGCCCGGCUUUUGGCCAGCAAGUCGCUCUUGGGGCUCUUUAUGAUGCCAAACUAGACAUCUUUCACCCGGGCUCUAUUCUGACUGGCGUGCCCCCAGCUGGUGCUGUGACUGAACGGCCGGCUGAGAAAACCAACAGCUCCGUCACAGUUGGGGGAACGUAUCGUGAGCGCCAUAAUGCCCUUGAUAUCCAAGGUGACACCGCCGCUAGCAUUCUCGCUGGUUUGAUUAAGCCACAGGGAUCAGGUGUUUAUCUUCGCAAUGCCUCGAGCGACAAGCUGAUACUCUGCGGAGCGAUUCAUCAUCAUGUUUCCACUGUACAGGAGAAAUUGAACUUCAUGGCCCCAGAACUCCACAAUCAUCUUGAUUUGGACUUGCUUCAAAAUCGCGAUAGCACCCAUGUGGUUUUGGGGAUCAACUGGGGCUUACAUACCGUCCUGGAGGUGAAGCAGCACUUAUCCCAAGAUGCCAACUACAAGGAUUCCAAGGAUGCGUUCGAAGCCGAUCUGAGCAAACUUCGUACUUUCUUCGAAGCUGAGAGUCAGGGCGCACCGAGCACUGCUUCAUCUCGGAUGAACCCAGAGUAUGAUUAUACAUUAUACAGCGAUGCGUUUGAAGAGGAAGGGCUGGUUUUGCAGACAACGGAUGAGGCCCUGCAGUUCAUCCGCCUAAUACCCGAUCAUAUCAGCCAGAGCAGCAACGGCAAGGGGUGGCCAUUGUCCUAUGCCUUGCUUCCGCUGACCAUGUUGCAUCACUUCAUCCAGUUGCCUCAUGAGCUCCAAGUCACUUCAUCCCCCAUAAGCCCCGAGUAUCUUGCCAAGUUCACCAACCUGUUCGAUAACUACGAGAUUGCGGAAGCCAAGCUACGAGCGUACUACGCUGAUCUUAGUCGGCAUAGCCUCCACACAUCAGAGAGCCACAUCGAAGAAGUGCGUCGGUCCAUUGAUCAGCUUCGGAAGGCGAAAAAGCUUGCCCAAGAGGAGUUCAAGGAGGGAUUAGUGAGCGUGCGACGAGGCCAGACAGCGUCAACGACUCUUUGGGACUUAUUCAACCAGUACAACAACGGGGAUUUCUCCCCAAGGAAGCUAUCCGCAAUCGCGGGUCAAGAGAGCUCCAAGCUUGAUUUCAUUAAUCAUGUCGUCUCUAAUGGAGCCAUCUAUAUCGGCCAUAAUGGGCUCUCUUAUGAGGAUGCCAUAGAUUCUCAUGGCGACAGUGGCUGCUAUGCCUUUCUCUUCAACCGAAAUGGGAUGAAAAGCCAAGGUGUCUGGAAUGACAAUUGUGCGUUGCUGAUGGGGCUGCUCACACGCGCCCGCCAAACAGCUCCUGUCUAUGUUGUAGACUGUGAUGCGACGUCCAAGUCCUUGGAUUCGGAUGCUCCUCGCAUUUGUCGCUUCCAGAAUGGCGAGGAAAGCAUCUCCGAUUUGCUCGACCACCAGAAAUUUAUGGCCGAGAAAUCUCUCGCCCAGUACCAGACGAACGCUCUAGAUACCAGUCUAAACAACAAGCCCGUCAAACGCCGGUUUGUGAAGAUACCAUGUCCGUGUGGCAAGUGUGAUCCCACUAGAAUUUGCGAGUGGUCGUGUUCCUUUUGUCUCGCUCCUAUUGAAUAUGGCUUCACGGACGAAUUCAUAUACUGUGAAUGCGGACGGGCCCCGUAUAGAAGCUAUCAAUUCAAAUGCAAUGGUGAUCGUCAUGGAACUGAUUACGUCCCCUACUCUACCAAGACUCUCAGUGGGCUCCUGGGCAACUUGGACCAGUCAGACUACAUCAACAUCCUGAUUCUGGGCGAGACUGGGGUAGGGAAAUCCACCUUCAUCAACGCCUUUAUCAACUACCUGUCCUACGAAACUCUCGAUCUCGCCAAGGCAUCUGACCAAUUGGAGUCGGUGAUCCCAUGCUCCUUCUCUAUUCAAGUCAUGAACAGAAGUGAUCAAAAUCAACCAAUUGAAGAGAAAGUUAUUAAAGUUGGUGGCCGGGAGGAUGAAGCAGAUGGAUCCAAGGGUGCAUCCGCAACUCAACAGACAAACGUGUAUUCAGUCAAUAUUGGCUCAGCCACAUAUAGGUUGAUUGACACUCCGGGAAUUGGCGAUACCAGGGGAAUCCAGUAUGACAAGAAGAACAUGGCAGACAUCCUUAGCACGCUUAGCAGCUACGAGAAUCUGCACGGAAUAUUGAUUCUUCUCAAGUCAAACAACGCCCGCCUGACAAUCACAUUCCGCUUUUGCGUCAAAGAAUUACUUGCACACCUCCAUCGAAGCGCUGUUGAGAACAUUGUAUUCGGAUUCACCAACACGCGAAUAUCGAAUUAUACCCCUGGAGAUACAUUCCAGCCCCUCAUGUCGCUUUUGAAGGAACACUCAGACAUGGGAUUGACACUCUCGAAUUCAACAACAUACUGCUUUGAUUCAGAAAGCUUCCGAUACUUGGCAGCAUACAAGAAUGACUGCCUUCUCCCCAACGAGGAGGAUUUCCGUCGCAGCUGGGAGCACUCGAGAAUGGAGUCAGUGCGGCUUGUCGACUAUUUCAAGACCAGAAAGCCUCAUAGUGUCGUGAGCACUAUUAGCCUAAAUGGCGCUCGCCAACUCAUCAUGGAGCUCACCAAGCCUAUGGCCGAAAUCUCCAAGUUGAUUAGAGAUAAUAUCACCGCGAUGGAAGACAAGAAACAGCAACUUCUGGACACGAGGCUGACCGGUGAUAACCUCCGUAAAAGGCUUCAACUCGAUAAAAUUCAAUUCCAAAGUCGGCAGCUUGAUAAACCUCGAACGGUUUGCAGAAACACGACAUGUUGUGACUUCAAGGACAGUGGAAAGGGAGACGGGGAGACUGUCACCAUCUACAAGUCCCACUGUCACCCAGUGUGCUAUCUCACUGAUGUGAAGCAAGACGUGGUUGCACACCCAAAUCUAAUCCGCUGCGCCGCUUUCAGUGGCAGUGAUCAUUGCAAGAGGUGCACACAUCACUGGCAAGAGCACAUGCAUGUCUUGUAUGAGCUUGAGCAAGUCACCGUUCAGGUAACUGACACGGAGAUCCAGAGACAACUACAAGCCAACGCUGGAGAUGUCACGCUGCGUCAGACUGGUAUCGCGGAAGCGUCAAAGCUGAUUGGGGAAUACAAAUCAGAGCACAUGCAAAUUCAAGAAGCAGCAGCUCGAUUUGGGCUAUUUCUCAAGGCGUGGGCUUUGACGCCAAUCAACGAUGCAACCGAGGAUUACAUCAACAUGCUCAUCCAAGAUGAAGAGUCCAAGAUCGAAGCUGGGAGACAGCUAAGACACAAUGUGGACAUUAACAAGAAACGUCUUCAGGGCCUAAAAGAAGACAAACAAGCGCACCUAGAACUUGUCAAUACACUGACCAAGCAUAUGCGUGCUCCACGCAACGCGAAAGAGCAACUACUGGAUGAGAAGGGUGUCGAGCAGCUUGUUGCCAGGCUUUACAGCCUCCCACACUUUGGCUAG